AUGGGGAACAGCGGCCGAGCCCUCCCGUGUGGGAUCCCACCUCGAGCGGGGCCUCGGCGAGGAGCCAGGGGGCUGAAGGUGCUGCAGGCCUGGUUCCUGUGCCUGCUGCUGCUGGGCCUGGCCCUGCGAGGGGCAACAUGUCCAGUCCACCAGCACUCCAUGGAGACCCGCACCCCGGACAUCGACCCUGCCUGGUACACGGGCCGCAGAAUCAGGCCUGUGGGCCGCUUCGGACGGAGGAGAGUGGCCCUGAGGAAUGCCCCGGAGCUGAGCCUGUGGCACCAGCGGUGCUUCCCCCUGGAAGGAGGCGCUGAGCCCUCCCAGGAUGGGUGA